AUGAGCGAAGAUGAUUUCUACCUGAGAUACUACGUCGGACACGAGGGGAAGUUCGGCCACGAGUUCCUCGAGUUCGAACUGGACGGAAACGGACGACUGAGGUACGCAAACAACUCGAACUAUAAGAGAGACGUGAUGAUCAAGAAGGAAGUGUACCUGCGGCCUGAGGUCGUGAACGAGAUGAAGCGAAUAGUGGUGGAGUCGGACGUGGCGAACGAGGACGACAGCGAGUGGCCUCAGCCUGACAGAAUAGGGAAGCAGGAGCUGGAGGUGAAGCUGGGAGGCAAGUACCACACGUUCACGACCUCGAAGAUAGGGUCGCUGCAGGAAAUACAGUCCUCCAAGGACCCUCACGGCCUCAGGGUGUUCUACUACCUGAUCCAGGACCUAAAAUGUUUCGUGUUCUCAUUAAUAAGCCUGCACUUUAGAGUAAGAACCUAA